GUGUGUGUUUGUGUAUACUCGGAUAGCGGUCGUUGGUGUACAGCCGCCGCCGCCGCCACCACAGCAUGGGCUUAGCCACCGGAUCAGUAGUCUGACGAUCGCACGCCCGUCCGGUAUGUGUCCACCAAUUUCGUCUCGAUAGCGUUGGAAUUUCGCGGUAUCUGCGCAUUAUACGAGUAAAAUUAUUAGUUAAUCAUUUAUCUAUGAUAAUAUUAUUAUUGUGUAUCGUCAAUUAACGCCGAAGAGAAAUAAUCUGUUUUGUACCCCCACAACCAACGCGACAAGCCGAUCAUGCCGGCACGCCGCCGCUUUUGAGUUUUUGCGCAUGACCACACGUCGCCACUGUUCGCCGUCGCAACCACCUCAACACAGACGCGGACGUCCAGUACUACGAGCGCCAUGCUUUUGUAAAGCUCCUGCACUGGCGCUCGCUUGAAGCAGUUUGGCCGUUGGCUUUUGUUUUUUUGUUUUCGUUACGAGAUAUUUGGACUGAGGUAGUCAUGUCGGAAUACCAAGGUGCCGCCAAAUACCGAGCGAAACGGUAUCAGUCAGUUGGCAAAGCACUCAGAAAGCGUUUGCCGAUCGUUUCUUGGCUGCCCAAGUACGAUACCGAUCAAGCGGUUAGCGACUUAAUCGCUGGGGUCACCGUCGGACUAACCGUCAUGCCACAAGGCCUGGCGUACGCGACGCUGGCCGGUCUUGAGCCGCAGUAUGGUUUGUACUCAGCGUUUGCCGGAUGUAUAGUUUACACAGUAUUCGGCAGUUGCAAAGACAUAACGAUAGGACCUACGGCGCUUAUGGCUUUGAUGACUUACCAACAAGUCAUCGGCAGGAGCUCGGAUUAUGCCGUUUUGCUGUGCUUCUUGUCCGGCAUAUUGCAGUUCAUCAUGGGAUCUUUAAAGCUCGGGGUUUUAAUUGAUUUUAUUUCGAUUCCCGUAACCGUCGGGUUCACUUCGGCUACUUCUGUGAUAAUAGCAGUGUCCCAGCUGAAGGGCUUGCUGGGGCUUAAGUUCGAGUCGUCCGGCUUUUUGGAUUGCCUAACAAAAGUCUACCAGAACAUUGGCAACUUCAGGGCCAACGACACCAUCCUGGGAGUCACUUCGAUCGUCAUACUGCUGUUGCUCAGAAAAAUGAAAGACAUAAAACUAGUCGGCCCCAACGGUAAGCCCUCGAACAAACAAAGGACGAUCAUGAAAGGCUUGUGGUUACUGUCCAUAGCCAGAAACGCUUUGAUCGUGCUGGUGUGUUCAAUGCUCGCUUAUUGUUACCAUUCACCAGACAUAGAACCGUACGUCACGCUAAUCGGAAACGUACGGUCUGGAUUGCCGCCUUUGAAAUUACCGCCAUUUAGUACGGUCGUCAACGGCAAGGAAAUCGGGUUCAUCGACAUGUGCCUGAAUCUAGGAUCUUCUAUCAUACUGGUGCCCGUGAUCGCCGUCUUGGGCAACGUGGCCAUCGCCAAGGCCUUUGCCAGCGGUAAUUCGGUGGACGCCACCCAAGAAUUGUACUGUUUGGGAGUUUGCAAUUUGUUGGGAUCGUUUGUCUCUUCCAUGCCGGUUACAGGGUCGUUUUCCAGGAGCGCCGUUAACCACGCCAGCGGUGUCCGGACGCCAAUGGGUGGACUUUACACAGGGUUACUUAUCAUAUUGGCGUUGAGUCUGUUGACUCCUUACUUUUACUUUAUACCCAAAGCGUCACUGGCAGCAGUCAUCAUCAGUGCCGUUAUAUUCAUGAUCGAGUACGAAAUCGUCAAACCCAUGUGGAAAUCCAGUCGUAAAGACUUGAUACCUACUUUUGCCACGUUUGUGUUGUGCUUGACUAUUGGAGUCGAGUUGGGUAUUUUGGUGGGAGUGGCAAUCAACAUAAUCCUGUUGCUCAUACCGUCGGCCAGACCGUUUCUACACAUUGAAAUGAAAAAAUUGAGAACCGGCUUUGAGUAUUUGUUGGUCACUCCGGAGAAUAGCCUUUACUUUCCGGCGGUGGACUUUAUGCGGGCCAAAACCGAUAGAGCCGCCAUCAAAAUGGGACAGUCCAAAUUACCGGUUGUCGUCGACUGUAAACACAUACUCGAGGCCGACUUUACAGCUGCUAAAGGAAUAGCCGGACUCAUAAUGGACUUUAAAAGGAGAAAACAACCAUUAUGUUUUUACAAUCCCAGGAAAACCGUUCUUGCCGUUCUACAGGGUGUCUGCGUCGACGAGAUCGUUCAUUGUUUCACGUAUGACGAAUUAGAAAGCACGCUCAAUGACAUUAUCUGUACAGGAAACGGAUCUGAAUUGAAAGACAUUGUACACUCCAGCACACAACCUCACGAAAUGCCUCUGUUAAACAGAAGACAACAUUAGGAGUAUACAAAACUAUAGUAAUUAACUACGUGAUGUUUAUUGUAGUUAAACUUUUCUAUUUCCUACCUACAUUUGUGUAUUGUACCUUAUAUGAUUUAUAUUAAAUUCUAAGAGGACUUAGGGUGCCCUUGUGUAUUUUAUAUACGAAUUAUAUAAAUUUAUUUAUAAUAUUUUUUUUGUGCAAUUUUUAUUUAAUAUUUGAUAACGAUUUAAAAUUUUAAAAAUGUACUGUUUUUUUCCCACUUGGCCAAAAUUAGUUUCUAAGUUAAAAAUUCAUUACUUAUCAUUGCCAUCAUUGAUCAUUAUACAUAUUAUAAUAAACGUCCCUUUUUUAUGUUAAAAAUCUAUA